AUGGCUCAAAACAGUGUCAACUUGUACGAUUUGCGGCUCAAACUUUUCGGCCCAACAUUGGAUGACUCUGUCCUCUACGGGAUUGAUCGCAUGAUUGACUACUUCGCAAAGCAAAAGAACCGGAAAGAGCCCGAAAAAAAAGAAAGCUUCUAUCGGUCCUGUGAAGCGUUACCCGUGCUGGAAGAAAUAGCGCCCAUUCCCCAACGCCUACCACCGAAGCUUUCCUCGGACGAAAUGGAUUUUAUCAUCGACGCAAUUGUUCAGUCUCGCCGUCAAAAGUCCACGCGAAAAGCGAACUCCACUCCCAGCAGACGGAUCGGACCAUACCCUCAGUUCCGCCAAACUCGGUGGGCCAUCGCACGUAUCAACGAGUUCGAUGAUGGUAGCAAGACGUACGAAAUCAUGAGGCCACUGGACGGGGCAUCACUACAACCGACGGUGACGGUGUCGCAGGAUACGGAAAUUGUUUUCGCCGUGCUGCAAAACGGGAACACGCUCACGUACCGUAUCUAG